UUUGCGAUUCAUAUUGGUGAGAUACAAAUCGUACUUUUAAGGUAUUAACACUCUUACUAUUAGCACUUACUCUUUAGGUUUUACCAACCGAAUUGUCGUUGUUUAAUAUUUUUGUACUGAUUUUACAAACGACAAAACUAUACAUUUGACGAUGUACGUCGCUGGCCCCACACAAAGUGUUGUAUUUAUUUUUUUAUGUUUAAUUCAAUUAUUUUACACGUCUGUAGCAGCAAGAUAUACUGGAAACACUAUUCAAGGAACCAGUUGGAUUUACUCAUACGAUGACGAACCCGUCUACAACAAACAUAUUGUGCAAAUGUUAAACGACGUAGAGACAUUGGAAUCGAACGGAGAAGACGGACACAAACGAUUUCAGUUUAACGAAGAGGAAUUGGAGACGUUGUCGAAAUCGUGCAACGGCAAAAUUGAGUGUUUAAAAUCGAAGGCAAUAGUUGUACUGAAGUAUAAAGAGAAAAUGGAAGCAGUGCAGUGUAUGAACUCGGCGUUAUUGGAAGUUUACUUGUUAAGAAUUCACCAGUUGUUGGAUGGAAACUUGCAGAAUAAAAACGAAAAAAUGAUGAAAUUAUUGAACGAAUAUACAGUGACAAUAGCGCGCAUGCUCUCGUGGUUGUACUAUGGCAAAGUCACGGGGCACAACUUGCUUUGGAGAGUUUAUCUGAGACUACAGUCGAUCGACGACAAACAGAUUUUGUUGCAUUCUAAUACAAAAGAAAAAUUGAUCGAAGACCAGCUGGCAAAUGACAUUACUCAACAUGUAAAUCUAUGCCGGUUGAACAACUAUUUGCCAAGCGAAUACAUCACUAAUCCAGACACAAUAGUGAAAAACCACGAUCGGUACAGAACGAUAAAGGUCGGUCAAAAGCUUUACAACACAAGCGGCAAAGGAUUUUUCGGUGAAAUACACUCAUUUGCCAAACGACUUUCGUACAAAUAUAUAACGCUGUCUGACAUAUACGACAAAGGCCAUGUGCUGUUUUUGAAACCGGAAGGAAUAAUGACCAAAUGGGAAGAGACCAAGUUGCUGUUGAACAGCGAUAAGUACAUAAUUACCAGUCAGCCCAAUGAAUGGAUCAAACGGCCGUACGACUCGGUUGUACUCCACGAAACGACUAUGCGAUUGAUUAAGGUGAAUCUAAUGUAUCUCGUGUGGAAGCACUCCUUCGUGUUGCAGAAUAGCUUAUCGCAACGUAUGGUCAACGACAUAAUGCAGAUACAAUUUACAUUACAAAUGAAUUCCUUUAGGGCAAUGAUAAUCACACCGCUUUCGAAGGCUAUCCACUUACUAGGCAUCGCUGAUGUAUUAUUAAUCAACGCUUUGAAAAAUUUGUCUAUCAAAAUUGUAAAUUACAGCUUCAGUUUAGCGUAUGCCCAACAGAUACAACUGAUGAAUACCGAACUUAAGCACAUAAUUAUAGAAGAAUUGCAUGGUCUUGGCGUACAACAUCAACAGGUUCAAGCACUUUUCAGCGCCAAUAAUUUUCCUCCCAAAAUCGGGUUAAACACAGACGUGCAAUCGUUACAGUAUAGCAAACACAUCAUACAGCUCCAAGAAUACCUAAGGGGUAUUCAUGAAAUCAUAGAUUUUCGUUUUAUUUCGUUCUUUCUUUCUGGCAAGUUGAAGUUGCCCGAAACGUUUCACAUACCAAACUUGAAAUAGUACUGGUUCUAGGUAUACAUGAUCUGAGCCCAUAUUCUACACAUAACAACAUAAUAUAUUAACGUACAGGUUCAUACAACUCUCAGGAACCGACAAGCUGUUUUUUUAAGUUUAUUAAAGCAACUAUAUCAAGCAAACGGAAUAAUUUUACAUAUAGUCCAAAUUUAAUAACAACAUUACAAGUAUAGCAAAAAAUAUUAAUGUUUUCAAAAUGUUGUCAAAAAUGUGUUAAUAUUUUUAAAAUAAUUUGAAAUUCUAUUUUAACAGGAGGUAAUUAAAAAAUAAUAAUUUAAAAACGUGGUUUAAAUAUGAUUAAAACGUAGAAAGUAAUAUUAUAGUACUUAAAUAACAUUUUGUAAAUAUUUUUAAAAUAUCAACAAUAUUUUAGACGUUUAGAAUAGAUAGAUAUUUUUUUUAACCAUGGGUUAUACAUAUAAGUAUAAAUCGUAUUUUACUAAUGAUAAACACUAAUAAAACAUUUUUAAAAAAAUACAAUUUAAAAUUUUGAAAUGUUGACUAAAAUAAAAUAAAAAUUGUUUAACUAAUUGAUACAACACUACAAUCGAGUAUUGUCAUUGUUUCAAAAUGCUAACAUUACUUGUAUAUAACAUUAUAAUAAUUUUAAAUAUGAAUAAACAUUAAGUUAAUAUCAUUAUAAUUAUAUCAUAAUAACAUUUUUACUUUUGGAGUUAUGAAUCAGACACGUGUAUGAGCAUCUCUAAUGUCGUAACACUUUGUAUCUGCAAUACUUACAAAUGUAUAUGAAAAUAAUUUUUUAAAUUUCAAUUGAAAUGAUAUUGGAAAUAUUAAAAAUAUGAUAGAGCUGUUUAAUUUAUAAGUUGCAUGAUUAAUUGUACUUAACGACUUGUAAUUUUCAUUUGCUAAUUAAGUUUAAAUCAUUU